AUUUUUUAAGGAGAAAAGAAAAUUUUCUUUAAAGUGGUUUCCCAACAUAAAAAAUUUCACUAUAUAUAUACCCAUAUCUAUACUAGAAAAUUUUUAGACGAGCAUUUUUUCGCUUUUUUGUUUAUAACCAUAAAAUAUCAUAAACCAUUCGUAAAAUGAUGAUGAGGGUAACAAUCACAAUAGGCAAUUGGUGAUACCAUUGUGGUUCUGCAUAUUUAUUGAAAUUUCAUUCUGGGUCCUAGGGAGUUUAUGUUUUAUGUAUGGUAUGCGCAAAUAAAUGUGUGCAUGCUCAUUUAUGACAUUGAGAAUUUUUUUAAAUCAUAGAAUGAAAUAUGUUGCUCUGUUUUCUGCGCAUUAUACAUUUCUCCACUGCAUAUUUAUUUUGAAUUAUAAACAUUUAAUAUAUAAAGCGAGAUUUCUAAAUUUAGUAAAACCUACACAAAAUAUUUUGAUAACCAAAGCGAAAAAAUAUUUCUUUCAAUAAUUUCUACAAAAGGAAAAAAAAUAUUCACAAAUAUUUGGUUUAC